CUAGUUGUGAUACAGCCAUUUCCGCUUGACCUCUUCACCACUACCAACAACAACUAACAACAACAACAUCAACAUUACGAGAAAGAUGGCGAACGGAGAGCAUAGUGAAGCUACAUCCCUCUACUAUUUUUGCAUGAUGUUAAUAGGAGUACAGCGAAUGCGAAUGGCGCUAUUGGCUGAUUUGACAACGGAGAGAAGACAACGUCGCCGAAGGUACAUGGAGAUUUUAAUUCUGACCAACAAUAUGUUGUUGAACUCUGCCAUUGUACCGCAAAGGUCUCGAAGAGCACUCUGGAUGAAGAGCAGAAACAAAGUCUUCUGGGAGAGAGACGUUUUGACCGUAUUUGAUGACGAGGACUGGAAAGCGAACUUUCGCAUGACUCGAGGAUCUUUCCACAAGUUGUGUGGAAUUAUGGAAGGAGUCAUGAAGCCCGCGGAGGUGACUGUUCGAGCACCAAUACCGCUCGAAAUGAGGGUCGCCAUUGUUCUCUACAAGCUGGCCAGUUGUGCCGAGUACAGAGUUGUUGCCAACCAGUUCGGCGUCCACAGAUCGACGGUGAAGAAAAUGGUGUACCAGUUCUGUAAUGGAAUGGUUACGUCGGCCUUGGGACACUUCAUCAAGGUGCCCACGACAGAAGAAGCCAUCGGAAUAGCCACAAGAUUCGAACAGAAGUUUAACAUCCCCCAAAUCAUCGGGUGCAUCGAUGGAACCCACAUUCCAGUUCUACCUCCAAGUGAUGGCUACAAAGACUUUGUGAAUCGCAAAGGAUGGCCCUCGUAUGUCCUCCAAGGCGUAGUGGACGACAUGUAUCGCUUCUGGAGCAUCAGCUGUAAGAUGCCUGGGUGUGCUCAUGACGCUAACGUGCUGAGGCAAUCGACGUUGUUCAGCCAGGCACACCUGUUACCAAAAGAACCAAGAGAAAUCGAUGGCGUCUCAAUCGGCCACUUCCUGUUGGGAGAUCCAGCGUAUCCUCUCAUGGACUGGAUCAUGAAAGGCUACACCCAUUCCCCAAACAUCACCCCUGAGCAAGAGUCCUUCAAUGUCUACUUAAGCUCUGCAAGGACCACGGUGGAGAUUGCGUUUGGGAGACUGAAGUCACGCUGGAGAGUUUUGAUGAAGCGCAGUGACUUCCACUUUUCAUUCACCCCUAAAGUGAUCGCUACCUGUUGCGCAUUGCACAAUUUCUGUGAGAAUGAGAAGGAAGUUGUGAAUCCCAACUGGUCAGCGGAAGCGGCUACACUCGCAUCUAACCAGCCACAGCCAGGCGGCCGUGCCAACAAUCACGCAGACAAUACAAAUGGACAGAGGAUCAGAGCCGCCCUCACAGAUUACCUGAGUGCAAACUUCCCCCUGCGCAGACCAUACCUUUAGACGUCUUGGUAUUCAUUACAUAAUUGCCAGUUUUUCAUAGGUUUGUAAAUACAAUUCUUGUACAGUUCAUGUGUGUUUCAUUCCACAAAUAAAGAAACUCACAGAA